AGGAUCAUAAGUCUUUACUUGGUAAAUCAAACCAAUACGUCCCUAGUAAUUAUCCUGAAUCUUGCAAGGAAUGGCCAUACUUAAACGGCGGAGAGUGUGCUUCAAGUUAUUUUUGGUUUCUGGAGCGAUUUUUACCUUACACGGCUUUGCCUGGCUAAAAGUUGUUUUGAAUAACCGUUAUAACGUUCCACCUCAGAAGGAGGAAUCAGGAAUCCAUGUAAUAACUAACUAUCCACUGAUGACUGAAAAACCUUGGAACGAAAACCAAACAGACACCCGCAGAUCCAGACUAUGGCAACGACAGGAAGAGAUAGAAGAAACAUUACAAAAAAAUCUCAACCACACUUUAGUCACAGCUGUUCAUCUUCUCGUUAAUCAACCAUCAGCCGAACAAAGAUUGAGCGAACAAAAUUUUCAUAACAAACACAAAAUAUUUGUACAUCGCAUCAACGCCUUGCCUAAAUACAGAGAUUUUUUCGAUUACGUAAACGACAGACUCCAAAAUCAACUUGUGGUUUUAACGAAUAUGGAUAUUUAUCUUGGCGAAGGAUUUGAAAUGAUAAAUAAAACAUUUCUGGUAAAAAGUAAUAUAUCUUACGCCUUAACACGCCAUGGACGUCAGGAAAAAAGAUGCAAUAUGGGCGGAAAACGUGGAUAUUGUGGAGUAAGCUAUGUCGGUUCACACGAUACCUAUAUUUUUGUGCUUACACAACGUUUAGAUGAUUCUGUUCUGGCCGAGUUCGAUUAUAAUAUGCAUGUCAUGGGGUCGGAUAACAGAAUGAUUUGGAUACUAAAAAAUCGGAUGAAAAAGAAACCUCUCAAUCCGUGUGAAUACUUGAAGACAUACCACAACCACUGUGUUGGUAUACAUGGUAGUGUAAGAACACGGAUAAGUAUGAGUCAGAAUAUUGGUAAAGGUGCUAUAGUGAAACCCGGUGGGUUAUAUGAAUGACAUGAAGUGCCUGUUACCGUUAAGACAAUUCCUUUCUAAAGGAAAUCAUUUAGGUACAACGGACAGAAAUAUUUUAUGGUACAGUGCAUGUGUAAUAUAAUAUUUUGGAUUAGCUAACUCGAUUCAGUACUGCAAAGAGCACUCAGCUGCAAAAGCCCAGUUUAGACGCCGUGCUUUUCAUGAGCCGAACUUAAUUCAUAUUUUACUCGAGUAAAAUAGGCGUACUUCUAAUUUUGAUUUAAACACGCGUGCUUUUCAUGAGCCGUACUUUAUAAUUUGCGCUGGUUCACUUCGAAGAACAGUCUUGGUUUGUGCGCUAUAUAAAUGUUUUUUAUUAUUAUUAUUAUAUAUUCGAAACCUGGGGCGAGUGACAUUUCAUAAUAAGAAAAAAGGGUUUAUCACAUACAAUCUUGGCAUUUCUGAGCGUCUACAGGUUUGCGGUUAUUAAAAAUUUCGACUGCUUUUUGACAAGCCUUGUUACUACAAACAUAGCAUAAUGCCUGGAUAUAAUGUGUGGGAAAACGAGAUCUAUACUCUAUAGGCUUAGGGCGAGUUUUCCACGUUAUUCGAGUUCUCCCAACUACUGCAAGUGUUUCUAUAACUGUAUGGGUCAGACAUAAUAAUUAAUGUUUUAUAUUUAUUUCAUAAUAUAACUAAAAAAAGAUUUGUAGUAGACUCGAUAUAUUUACAAAUUCUCAUUACGUAAUAAUGCCGACCUUUGCUCCAUCAAUUUCACUGCAAGAAAGAACUUUGUUUGAAAAUUACAGUCAAAAUACAAAAACCUUCCCACUUCCGCUUCUGUGAUUUGUUUUGUAUUACUGUAAUAUGUCCUAUUUUUCUGUAGCGAUUACCUCUUUUUGCCUUUAUCAUUCAGCAAAUAUCGCUAUAAGCCUAAUUUCGCAACUUUUAUGCAAAGAAUCUAACGAAAGGUGUAUCCUUUGCUACAAAUUGACGUAUAUAAAGAAAAGAAAGGGAAAUUCUACCGCGAUAUUUGCCGAUAAAUCGGUAAUCACUACAGGAAAAAAAUAGAACAAAUUACCGAAAUACAAAACAAGCUAUAUGCGGAAGUGGGAAGGUUUUUGUAUUUUGACUGUAAUAGUAACAAAAUGAGCUGCGUAGUUAAAAUUGUUUUUAACGUUUCUUAAUUUGCAUUAAAAUUGUUUUGUUUACGAUUGUAAGUUUAGGCGGGAAAUUUCCCGUGUAGAAACACGUUUCUUGAUCAAUCAACGCUCGCGUACUAUAAAUGUUCUAUUUUAUCGUAAUUUAUGCAUUUGGUACGGCUCAUGUAAAGCACGGCAGUAUAAAUCAACAUGUGCUUCAGUUAAUAUUAAGUGCAGUGCUUAAUUGAUUUAGACGCCGUGCUUCUCAUGUGCUUAAUUCAUUGUAUUAAGUUCGGCUCAUGAAAAGUUCGGCGUCUAAACCGGGCCUAACCCUUGCAAAGAUUUCUUCGAGAAUUUCCUCAACAAUCAUCUCCGAGCGCUCCUUUCCGGGCGUAAGGCCGAGGCGAGGUACUAAUUCCGCCUGGUUAUUUACCCCCAUAGGCGUACGAGACAGGGGGGGGGGUCUGCCCCCCCCCCAAAAAAAAAAUUUUGGAAAACCAUGGAAAUUCGGGCAAAUGCUAGGAAAAAUCAAGAAAAUUCGGGCAGAUUUAUCACAAAACAGGUUAAAUUCAGGUAAUUUCAUUACGAUCCUCCAAAUAAAUUAGGGCAAACUUUCAACUGCCCCACUGGAAAGCAUCAGCCCCGUACGCCUAUGUUUUCCCCCAGGGAAAGGAAAGCACAAGCAAAGCCUAAAGUUCAUCAAUGAUCGCGGGCGUGGGUGACCGUGCGUCAAAAUCAAAAUUUGCAUUUCAGUAUAUAACGACUGCAUGACGACAACGAAAUAGCAAACAUUUCUUGAUUUCUUGCAAAUAUAUUUCAUUUUUGCAAGAUUUUGUAGUUUAUUUCAACUAGAUAGCUCGUGAGCUUUGCAAAUAUUUUAUUAAAUAUUUUAUUUGUAACACUUUCAAAAUACUUUCAAAAAUUCAUUAAUAAUUCAUGAAGCAAUUAUCCAAUCUUGAGUAAGAAAUUAGUCGCGUGCAUACGUCUUUAUACCAGCUACAGAACACUUUAACAAAAGACCAUUGUUAUGCAAACUAUAUAAAGAUUUUUAUGUAAAGAUUUUUAUAUAAAGAUUUUUAUAUAAAGAUAUGACGUAUUAUGCUUACGUUUUUGAAGUCAUUUAAAAAACUCGCGGGUCGUGUUUUAUUAGGUCUAAAGCCACUCGCGCUGCGCGCUCGGGGCUUUAAACCUAAUAAAACACUCCUGCUCGUUUUUUAAAUAGUACAUGAAAGAACACUUCCUUCAAAUAUCAAGUAAUUAAUCAAAUAAUACGUGCAUGAAUGUAAUUAACACUUUAUGCUGUAAAUAGCUUUUACAUUUUCUCUCUUUCUUUUCUUUUAACUAUAUAAUACUUAUUGUAAUAUAUUUUAAAUUUGGUUGACUGUAUAGUCUGUAGUUAGAACUAGCAUCUAAGUUUUAUAACUAUAGGGGUCUUAAAUAAAAGCCUGUUAAGGUUCUGGUAGGCCCCUACCAUAACAUUAAUCUAUUUUUUAUGUAAAUAUUUAUAUGUUAUAAUAUAUGGGCAAUAAAAAAACACAAAAAAAAACAGGGCGUAAAAUAGCCAUAAUAAUAGAGAGUUUAAGAUACCCCGGUUUCGGUGUACGGGUAGCAUGAUUUUGGUUAGCAAUAUUUUCGUCGAUGUCUGUACCUUUACUCGUAAUUAAGGUGCACAUUUUUCGCAUUAUAUCAUUGUCUAUUGCAAAGUAUGAUCGAAUUACAGACAUCAGUAUAACAAGAUGACACUACUCGUACCCGUACACCGAAACCGGGGUAUCUUAACCUCUCUAUUAAUUGAAAAUACGUGCGAAAUUUUGAUAACUGAUAAGAGGACAACACCAGACCUAAAGUCCAGAAUUUAAGGUGUGUUCAAACUAUAAACAAUAUCUUUUUGCAAUAGUUUACGUUUAAACCCCCUUGAAAUUAAAUGCGGAGACAAAAUUUACUGAGCAUUUAAAUGUUACUCGGAAGAUAUAACGAAACUCGGAAGCUAUAACGAAAGUUGUUUUCGAUCAGGCAGGAAACAUUUAAAAGACGAGGAAAACAUGAUUAAGUAACUACAAGCAGCUGAAAUUUUCAACGGUUUUGUAAUAAUAAUAAUAAUAAUAAUAAUGCGGAAAAACUAUUGUGGUCUGUGGUAUUCGAAAAAUUUAGGGCCCUGAAGAGGUAAAAUGGGAACUGGGAUUGAUCUAUUUUUAGACUGGGAAAAUGGGAUUUGGGUUGCUGGGAAUGGGAAAUGAAGUCCUCAAAAAUAGGAAUGGGAUUGAGGUAAUGCGAGUCAAUUCCCAAUUUUUCUGCGUUUUGAGUAUUUUAAAAUACAACUUUGAUCCGUUUUUGGUAUCUUUGGUCAUGGUUUUUGUUGUUAAUUAUAUUAUUCACAGCACUACCUGCGAACAGGCAUACUCUGGCGCCCGGAAUUCUGGGUCUUCUGGUUAUGCGUGUCUCAGAAUGCUGCAAAUGCCAUUUCCGGGAUUCAAAUUUAAAAAUUUUCCAUGCCUUCGACAUGAGCACCCCCUAAUAUUUCAUAAAGUAUCCGCCACUUGCUUAAAAGGUCUUAAAACUGUUUAUUCUACCGAUAAAUAAAGGGUUUUUUAUUGACUGGGAUUCAAUAACUGGGACUGGGAUUUCUAAUACAAAUCCAACUGGGACUGGGAUUUUGCCAAAAUUUCAGGUGGGAAAUGGGAUUGGGACCCCCCCUCCCCUUCAGGACCCUCAGUAUCUUGUAAAUUCAGUGGCGCCGCCAGCUCGAUAAUUGGGGGGGGGGGCGAAUAUUCAUAUCUUCGUGUUCUGCAUUAUCAACUUUUGAAAUCGAUUGUUUUUAUGGUGUAAAUAUAUAUGAAUAUUCGCCCCCCCCCCCCUCCCAAUUAUCGAGCUGGCAGCGCCACUGCUUGAAAUGAAUUGGAUAGUCAUUAUUACAUCAAUGUACAUACAUAAAAAGAACCAUAGUAAGUAGUUUGUAGAUUUCGUUCCAGGAAUCCGUUUACGUCAUCAUAUAUUAGUGUCACUGUGUCAUCCACUGGUCUGUGGUGUCGUCAAAGUAACAUGAUUUCUGUUGCAAUGUAAUUAUGUCAAAUAUUAAUAAGCAAUUAUUGGAUGAGGCUGAGCAUGAUAUCAAGAAUUAUUCAGACCGAGGUCAAUGUUAUCUGCCGAAGCGAAGCUGAGGCGGAUAACAUAGACCGAGGUGUGAAUAAUUCUUGAUAUCAUGCGAAAACCGAAUCCAAUAAUUGUUUUAUUAUACAUUUAAAGACAUGAGAAACGUAUAAAACGAUUCCUGUUCAUGAGGUAGGAAAAGUACAAUUUGAAUAUCAAACACAUUGCACAAAGUCAAAGGUCAGUUAAAUAUUCUAUUUCUACUUCUAUUUACCCCUUUGUGGCUUUUUCGUGCUUUCACUAUCCUUAUCUGCCAAUAAUUUGGAGAGUUCACUUUCAUUCAGCGAAGCAAAUCUGCUGUAGGCCAUUGUUUGUUUGUUUUUUUCGCGCGCUUAUAGCUAUAGGUUCAAGCCUUUGGCCGCGCAGGGGUUUGGGCACGAGAGAGUCCAAUAAUUUUUUUUUUGGAUGCAAGUUCGAUCCAAAAAAACAAUUAUUGGACGCUGAUGACGUCAUCGGCGGAAAAUACGUAAUAAAUGCCGAAUACUGAAUAUUAGCCGAUGCUUUCUGACCAAUUAGAAACGAGAAUACAUAUUAAAUGUAUAAUAAUUUAGAUUAGCCACAUUUUAUUAUUUAUAGUUAGUUAUAAUGUAUAGUAUUAGUCACACGAUCACAUUAGCUAUGCUGUGAUAUUAUUAUCGUGUUUAAAUAAAUGCUUUUGUUAUUAUUAUUAUUAUUAUAUAUUGCGUCAAAAUAUAUCGAUAUCCGAAAAUGGCUGGAACUUCCUGUCUCUGCAACCAUUAGCAACAUGUUAUCUCCACACAUAAAUUUUAUCUCUCUCUUAUUUAAUCUCUUUUGGGGAGCUUCGCUCGCCCCAAUUUCACCUUCUUUUCCAUUACCCCAGCACGUAAGUGUUUUGUGAGGAAAAUACAAGGGUCUGGAGUCCUCCCCCAGAAAUCGUUUAUAUUUUUGAUGCUCAAUUAAUGACAGCAUUUCUGGAAUUGUCUGGAGCAUCCACAAGGGUAACGAGUAGAUGAGAAGACUGUUUUAAUUAAGGCUAUUUUUGUUAGUUUGGUGACUGCACAUUUGUGAUUUAAGAACUGCACAAAUGGGUUUAGAACUGUACAUUUUGUGUAGAACUGCACGUUAAAAUAAACCCUGAAUAAUUUAUCCAAUGCCAUUGCCGGCAAUGUCAAACUGUUUCUCGAUCAGCUCAAAAUACUCACCAAUCGUAGAUAUUAACAAUCUAUCGAGCACCAACAAGAACAUACAGUAUGACAUUUACAAAGACACAAAAGACGUACUUGAAGAGUUCAAAACAACCUCAUUUUGCUCUUUCCUUUUCAGUAUCAAUAAUUCCACAUUCAACUCUUUGCGGUUAUCCGUUCAGAGCAAACUUUCGAAAAACAUUUUUAAUUUCACCAUCCGGUACAGGGACCGCGGAGCCUGUUUAAAAGUGUGUGUGUGGGGGGGGGGGAGGGAGGCAGGAUAGCACGGGAGCUAUUCCACUGCGCAGGCAGGCUGUAUUUUAUCCGGUAAUUUUUUAUUAUCCACCGGAAAAAGUGGGAAGCAUGCCCCCCCUGUUCCGCGGUCCCUGUGGUAUAUCAAUAACAUACUUCCAACACGAAAUCAGACUUAUCAAAAUGGGGAUUAUCAUCAACAUCCGAUUGAUCUUUCUGGUCCUCACCUGAAACGCUGCUUCAUGUGAUUGGUGGGGCCGAUUGUAUAAAACUUUUAAUCACUUUUUUAAUCACUAUUUUGUAGUUAAAUAGUGAUUAACUCUCAAGUAGGCGCUUCUUAUUGGAUGACGUUUGCACUUAAUCAUAGCAUAGGUAGCCCAGACACACUGUGCGAUUUAAAUUUAAGUUUUGCAUUGCGCACUUUUACUGCGCACAUAGUAUAACUUAUAAUUUCAUACAUUAUACGUACCGUUUAAAAAAAAUCAUUUUAUGACCAUUUUACUUUACUUCAAAACAUCUUUGGUUACAUUCGUGCAAAGAAUUACGUUAAAAUCAAUGUUUUCAAAAAAGGCAUAUAAAAGUGUAGCUAGCGUUCCCUGUGUCUGUUGUAUACUUAUUUACUUGUAUUUCACGUUUUAAUGCCACAAUUCCCUAAAAAGAUCGGUGACCCCCGUUUUUUAACUGAUAAUUUAUUUCUUUAACGCCAUUUUGCAUUUCAUAUCCGAAAUUAAAAGAAAAAUCAUUUCUGCAUCUUGAAAAAAAGAAAUGCUUUAUCAAUGCAUGUUCUCAAAGAAAGAUAUGUAAAGAAAUGUGGAAAAGACAUUUAUGGAUCAGAAUUGUACACGUUAGUAGUUUCAUUUUGCUAAAAAAACAAUAUUUUUUCAAAAAUAUUUACAAGAUAGGUUUACUAAAGCAAAAUCCGGGCUAAAAACGUCAAUAAAUAUCGGGCUGUUGUGAUUUUGCUGUUACUCGUAAUGAGCAUCAAGAUGGCGCCAUAUUGGGGUGAAGGUGGUAUACUGUGAUUGUCAUAUCUUCUUAACGAGUUCGGUGACCCCGACUUUUUUGUGCGAUUUUAGUUUAAGUAUAUCAUAAACUCCAUGCCUGGGAAAUUUCAGCACAUUCUCAUUUCGGGAACAAUUACUGCGGAAUUACCUUAAUCACUUUUUUAUACAACCGGCCCCUGAACUUUAGACUGCAGGGGCCGGUUGUAUAAAACUCUUAAUCACUUAAUUGUUUUUGUUUGUGGAAACACCACGUAAAGUUAUUACUGCAUUCGCAGUAAUAAAUUUACGUGGUGUUUCCACAAACAAAAACAAUUAUAUUUUAUCGCCAUGCAAACAUUCAAAGAACUUAUUCUUAAUCACUUUUUUAAUCACUAGUUUGGGAUGGAGAUGGUUUCGGCGGAGUUGCGAUCGUUCGCACGCGAGGUUGGCUGCUGGACGACGGCGAUGUCGAAGUGAACGAAGUACUGUCUACUUUGCUCUGGCAAAAUAUCGAACGCAAGAUUGGCAGGCGUGAACAACUGCCCGGAUGCAGAAUUGUUGGUUGUGACACCCAGGAG